AGUCAUCUCAACUCAAUCUCUAAAAAUGUUGACGCCAUUUCCACACCUACCUCAACUCUUCCCCUUUUUUUCUUCUGCCAGUUUAGGGUUUUGAAAUGUGGAGGGAGGAUGGAAGCCUCUGAAUCAAUCUACGUUGCCAGCCCCAAAAUCAAAGACCCGGAGGUAGGGUUUCAGUCUUUAGAUUCCCCUAAUCCCGAUCUCGAUCAUGCACGGUCUGAUACCAGUAACACGGCAGAGGAGCAGACAGCGUUCGUCUAUGAGAAGUUUCAGCAACUGGUUUUGAAGGAGCAAUGGGAACCGGCUCCGAAGGAUGAGGAUGAGAAAGAUAGGAACUGGGGUUUGAAAGAGGCUGAGGAUGGGCAGGAGGCUGAGAAAGGGAAGGGAGGUUCGCAUUUGGAAGAAGCGAAGGCCGGUGAGAGCGAAUGGAACGGUUGGGGUGAUAAUGGCAACGAUAACGGGGUUGUGAUUGACGUGGUGGUUGUUGAAGAAGGUAGUGAGGCGGAGGACGGGAGUGAGAGAUACGGUGGUACUGAUACCAAAAGGCAUCAAUAUCAGUACCCGGUGCGGCCCGAGGCCGAAGAUUGCGCCUUUUACCUCAAGACUGGGACGUGUAAGUUCGGGUCCAAUUGCAGGUUUAAUCACCCCGUGAGAAGAAAAAAUCAGGCUGUUAAGGAGAAGGUGAAGGAAAAGGAAGAACCCACAGAGAGGCUAGGCCAGACGGAAUGCAAGUAUUACAUGAGGUCUGGGGGGUGCAAGUAUGGAGACGCUUGUAAAUACAGCCACAAAAGAGACAAAAUUUCAGGAACUACACUUCUAGAUCUUAACUUUCUGGGCUUACCAAUCAGACCCGGAGAGAAAGAGUGUCCCUUCUACAUGCGGACUGGCUCUUGCAAAUACGGAGCCAACUGCAGGUUUAAUCAUCCUGACCCUACAGCUGUCGGAGGAAGUGACAACCCUUCAGGAUAUGGUAAUGGCGGAUCUGCUACAUUAGAUGCUUCCCAAUCAUCAAUUGCGUCCUGGUCUUCGUCUAGGAAAUUUAAUGAAACUGCUCCCUUUGCACCAAUAGUUCUCACACCUUCGCAUGGGAUUCCUUCCCAAAAUCCAGAAUGGAAUGGGUUGCAGGCUCCUGUAUAUCUGCCAGAAAGGAGUAUGCGUCCACCUGUCACAUAUAUCAUGAGCCCAGCUGGGACUGAAACUAAUGUCUAUACGCAUCAUCAGCAGCAGAUUCAAGUUGAAGAAUACCCGGAACGACCUGGCUAUCCUGAGUGCAGUUAUUUCUUAAAAACUGGGGAUUGUAAGUAUAAGUCUAAUUGCAGGUAUCACCACCCUAAGGAUAGGAUUGUGAAGUCACCCCCAUGCGCUCUCAGUGACAAGGGUCUUCCUUUGAGACCUGAUCAGAAUAUUUGUACACAUUAUAGUCGUUAUGGAAUUUGCAAGUUCGGGCCGGCUUGUAAAUUCGAUCAUCCACUGCAUCCGGCUUCAUCACCUAUGACUGGAGUUGAUCAGCAUCUUCCUUAUGGUGACUCUGUAACUACGGAUAAGGCUGUGGGAGGCGGAAUCGGAAGCGAGGCCACUUUUAGGCAGUCUCUGUAAAAAUUUUGCAUUUUGAGGCUCUAGCAUUUUAGGAUCCAAGUAUCAAGGAUUUGUAAUUUUAUAUUUGAUGUAACAAAACGUGAAAGGGGCUUAGCAGCUUUGUUACCUGCAAUGCCAAGAAAAAAAAAAAAAUGCCCCGAUAGCUCUUUGAUCUGUGAAAAUGCCAUUUUCUA